AUGUUAGAAGCCAAAUUUGCCGAAGCAUCCCUUUUUAAAAGAAUUAUUGAUGGUUUUAAAGACUGUGUCCAACUGGUUAACUUCCAAUGUAAAGAAGACGGUAUCAUAGCACAAGCAGUCGACGAUUCUCGUGUUCUUCUAGUCUCCUUAGAAAUCGGUAUUGAAGCAUUCCAAGAAUACAGAUGCGAUCACCCUGUCACACUGGGUAUAGAUCUAAAUUCACUAUCCAAGAUUUUACGUUGUGGGAACAACUCAGACACUCUAACUUUGAUAGCAGAUGAUACACCAGACCAAAUUAUCUUGUUAUUUGAAGACACUUCAAGGGAAAGAAUAGCCGAAUACUCUUUGAAAUUGAUGGAAAUCGAUGCAGAUUUCCUAAAGAUUGAAGAACUACAAUACGAUACAACUUUGAUGAUGCCUUCUAAUGAGUUUUCUAAGAUUGUACGUGAUCUAUCCCAAUUAACAGAUUCUUUGAACAUUGUAGUCACUAAAGAUACAAUUAAAUUCGCAGCAGAAGGUGAAAUGGGUUCAGGGUCCGUCAUCUUGAAACCUUUUGUUAAUAUGGAUAAACCUAAUGAAUCAAUUAAGUUAGAAAUGGACCAGGCCGUUGAUUUGACUUUUGGUGCUAAAUACCUUUUGGAUGUAGUGAAAGGUUCUUCUCUAUCCGAUAGAGUAGGUAUUAGAUUGUCUAGUGAGGCCCCUGCCUUAUUCCAAUUCGAUUUAUCUUCUGGUUUCUUACAAUUCUUUUUGGCUCCCAAGUUUAAUGAAGAAGAAUGA